UUUUGAGCUGUGCUCAAAUGCCUGGGCAAAUCUGAAUCCGAGGACAAGGCCAGGGCCUGACAUAGCCGGAGAAGUCUUGUCCAGUUAAACAUGAGAGCAAAACACACCUGGAGCCACACAGAGCUUAUCAAUACCUGGACUUUAACCCAAAGUCACAAAAACGGUUUGGAUUUCAAAACCGGGUCACUCCCCUGGAAGUUUUAAAAUGAAACCCUUGAGAUAAGGGAUAAGCUCUCCAUCCAAAAGGGAGAGCAAAAUUGAGAUCCCAGUGCCCACACAAGGGUGCUUAGGGGCCCCCAAAUGGAGCUCCUGGCUAUGCCCCAGAGAGUGCAAGAAGAGGAGAGGUGGAGAGCUACAAGAACCUAGAAACCCAGGAAAGGCCAGGCUGACUGAGGAGCAGAGAGGAGAGAACAGCUGGCAUUUGCUUUGGAGUUGGAGGAGGCAGCUCAAGAAAGGUGUGAAUGAGGCAGGAUGAACUGGACAGGUUUGUACACCUUGCUCAGUGGCGUGAACCGGCAUUCGACUGCCAUUGGUCGGGUAUGGCUCUCGGUCAUCUUCAUCUUCAGGAUCAUGGUGCUGGUGGUGGCUGCAGAGAGUGUGUGGGGUGAUGAGAAGUCCUCCUUCAUCUGCAACACCCUUCAGCCCGGCUGCAACAGCGUCUGCUACGACCACUUUUUCCCCAUCUCCCACGUGCGGCUGUGGUCUCUGCAGCUGAUCCUGGUCUCCACCCCGGCUCUUCUCGUAGCCAUGCACGUGGCUCACCAGCAGCACAUAGAAAAGAAAAUGCUGCGACUCGAGGGUCACGGGGACCCCCUCCACCUGGAGGAGGUGAAGAGGCACAAGGUCCACAUCUCAGGGACACUGUGGUGGACCUAUGUCAUCAGCGUGGUCUUCCGGCUGCUGUUCGAGGCCGCCUUCAUGUAUGUCUUUUAUCUGCUCUACCCGGGCUACGCCAUGGUGCGGCUUGUCAAGUGUGAGGCCUACCCCUGCCCCAACACUGUGGACUGCUUCGUGUCCCGCCCCACUGAGAAAACCGUCUUCACUGUCUUUAUGCUGGCCGCCUCUGGCAUCUGCAUCAUCCUCAACGUGGCCGAGGUGGUGUACCUCAUCAUCCGGGCCUGCGCCCGCCGAGCCCAGCGCCGCUCCAAUCCACCCUCCCGCAAGGGCUCAGGCUUUGGCCACCGCCUGUCACCUGAGUACAAGCAGAAUGAGAUCAAUAAGCUGCUGAGUGAGCAGGACGGCUCCCUGAAAGACAUACUGCGCCGCAGCCCGGGCACCGGGGCUGGGCUGGCUGAGAAGAGCGACCGCUGCUCGGCCUGCUGAUGCCACGCACCAGGCAACCGCCCAUCCCGCCCCCCCAACCCUGCCCUGGGCCUACCCCUCCUUCUCCCCUGCUGGCGUGCAGGCGUCUGCCUGCUAGGGACUGCUCCAUCAACAUCUUCCUGCCCUGCCAUCUCCCUUCCUCCCAGGGCCUUCCGUCUGAGGGGCCGAACAGGCUGGGAGCUGGAGGCCACCCACGGCCAGUGCUCAAGGUUGUGGGGGUGUGGGCAGCUCUUCUUGUCCGUCCCCCUUUUCCCUUCCCUCUCCCUCUCCCUGGGGCCGCUGGGGACAAGAGAUAGGAUGCUCUGACAGCAUCUCCAAUUGUGAAACUAAUCUUAACCCCGUGUUGUCAGAUACCCUAUUUCUGGAGUCACAUCAGUGGGGAGGGACGUGGGCAAAGUGGAAUGGAAGGAGGGUGCUGUGGACAUGUGGGUGGAGAAGGGAGGGUAGUGCCCGCGAGGGAAGGAGGAACAGCACUUGCCGGCCACAAGGAAAAGCAGGACACAUCUGGGGUGGAGGAAUUAGGGGAGGGAGACGCAGGCAGAUAAGUUGGAGUGGGGGUUGGUCAGGGCCACCUUUGCCUCUGGUUCUCAAGGCCUCUCUCUGCCUGAAAUGUUACACAUUAAACAGGAUUUUACAGUAAAUGAA